CAUCACAUUCUCCUCCUCUACUUCCUCCCUGGUUCCUACUCUCCUCUACCCCACAUCAUUCCAAUCCUAUCAUGGUGGUGGUAGAGAAAUAGAGAGACAAGGGGGAGAGAGAAGAUUUGUUGCUAGAAGCGAGUAACCAUGGGGGAGGUGAAGGAGAAGGAGGUGGUGGAGAUUUUUGAGCAUGAUCACGACAAGAUCAGAUCUCCGGAGAACUCUCUGCCACCAGCCAUGGUUCUGGACCUCAACGAGGGCUUCGGCGAGGGCAGCGAGGAAGGGGAAGUUGGCGAGGACGGAGACGAAGAAGACGACGAUGACGACGACGAUGGCGGUAGCACGAGCGAAGUCGCCGGAGGAGGAGGGAGGAGCUCCAGCAACAACAGCAGCACCAACCACAAUUCCAAGGACCAUGAGAUGAACAGCAGCAGCAGCAGCAGCAAGGCCGACGGCGACAGGGUGCCGACGGUGCGGCAGUACAACCGGUCUAAGCUCCCCCGGCUGCGGUGGACGCCCGACCUCCACAUGGCGUUCGUCCACGCCGUCGAGAGAUUGGGCGGCCAAGAGAGAGCAACCCCAAAGCUGGUGCUUCAGAUGAUGAACGUGAGGGGUCUCAGCAUUGCUCAUGUGAAAAGCCAUUUGCAGAUGUACAGAAGCAAAAAGCUUGACCAUGAGUCUGGACACGAGAGGGGAGCCAUCUCAUCAGUGUUUUCGCCCAUGGAGUUCAACAUGAGGAGAGGGGAACAUCGUUUCCACCACGACAUGUUCUUCCAGCGAGCUGCAGCGGGAGCCGCCGCCGGCGCUGGCAGCUCGCCCUUCUCCCCCAGGCUGCUGCGCGAGAACGGCGGCGGGUUCUUCGCCUCGAGGAACCCCGGCUUGCCGGAGGCGAGCCGGCUGUAUGGUCUCUUCCAACGCCGGCAGCAAGCUCCCAUGCAAACUUUCGACUUCAAGAACUGUAAUAGCUUCAGGAAUCAAGACUGGGCGUUCAACCAGCACGCGGCGGCGAGGGCCGCCGCCGCCGCCGUCAGCGACCACGGUCCGGCGAAAGGUCUCAUCCACGAGAUGAUCUUCCGGAAAGACGGGAAGCUGACGUCUCAUCUGUUCGACGUGAGGGAAGCCAUCAUCUCCACAAGGGUGUCCUCGGCGACCACGGGCGCCACCGUCGACCACCCGCUAGACGGCGCCGGAAAGGCCGGCACCUUCGAUUGGGUCGGGAGCAGCUCCCGCUCGCUCUCGAGGACAAUGUCAGCGGCGGCUACCAUGGGCGCCGCCGCCUUCGCAGCAGGCGACCACCAUCUCCGGCGGCGAGGCGCCGUCGGCGGCGGCAACGUGACGUCGUCGGAUCCCGUGGUCUCAAGCGAAGCCCUAGGUUCCCUGCUCGAGAGGGCAAAGACGAAAGCGAACGACGCGAUGCGCUUCGAGACGAUUCUGGCGAAGACGACGACGGCGGCGGCGGCGGCGGAGAACGGCAGGACGCCGGACUUGCAGCUGAGCCUGAGCCCGAACGCGGGAGAUCACACUCACAGUGGUGGCAGAGCCAGCAAGAAGAGGAAGAGAAUUGCUGCGUCGUUCUUGGAUGAGCAGGAGGUGGACAGUGACAAGCAGCAGCUGGCACUAUCGCUUUCACUGUCGCUCCGAGGUGGCGACAAUGGCGGCCGCGGCGGCGGCGACGGCGGGUGCCGCGGCGGGGAUGCCGGGAGGUUAGAGGAGGAAGAGACAGCAGGUAGCAGCAGUAGCAAGAAGGCCGCUCUGGGGCUGAGUACUUUGGAUCUGACCAUGUCGAUCAAGGCAUUGGAGUGAGAUCUUUCAAGUACUUGUCCCAAGGCCUUCCAAAAUAUGCACACUGCACCAUGAGAUUAAUUAUUAAUAAGACUGUUAAUUUUAUUUAACCAUGCUUCCAGACCAUAUAUAAUACAUAUCUUAUGUGUUCAGUGACAUGCAGUAGCAUCUGUAGCUGGGGUGGGACUACUGGUUCUAACUUUCUAUACAUAUGGUCACAUGCAUGAUCAGAACCCA